AUGUCUACAGAGUCGGGCUGCAUUGACCCAAUUCAAUACAUAUCCGAUAGACUGGACAGAGCAGAAUUUGUGCUCACUAUAUCAUUUGAAUUGACACGUGCGUUUGAUACAGUUGACAAAAUCUUUGUUAAGAAUAAAAUGGAAAAUAUGGGACUGAGGGGUAGUAUUAAUUUUUUUAUUUUUUCUUACUUAUCAGGUCGUAGGUUUGCUGUUAAAAUUGGUGAAUCAGUGUCCGAUUAUUAUAAUCAAGAUAUCGGUACCCCACAGGGUAGUGUUCUUGGACCCCGCUCUUUCUGCUUUUCAUAAAUGAUUUACCAGGCCACAUCAUUGAAGGCGAAGCAUUUUUAUAUGCGGAUGAUAGUACUGCAGUAGUUUCUGCUGUAUCUGAAACAGAAUUGCAACUGAAAGUGAAUACAGUGCUCCAAGAGUUUGCUGACUGGAGGAAUCUAAACAAUCUAAUGAUUAAUUACGAUAAAACUGUAGCUAUGAAGAUCAGAUCUGUGAAGAAGCAAUCCUGUAAUGUUAACUUGUUCCUUAAUGGCCACAACAUCGAGCUCUCUCUGUCUACAAUUUUUUUGUGCUAAGGGCCGUAUCGUCAGUCGUUCCUAUAAUUGUAGGACGCCUUUAUGGCCUCCUUGAUUUUCAUAGUUUUCUACUAUUUUGAGGUUAUGUCACAAGUUUGUAUUUCUUCAAAUUGUUCGUGCUUUUGAUUUAUAUCAUGUUUUAACAGCCUGAAAUUUCCUAAAAUUCAAAAAGAAAACAUAAGUUCACAAUAGGAGAGUGUUGACUCUGACACGGAACAGGUGCAAUCUAGAAAUUUUUUAACCCGUAGCCACAGACGUGGAGUCAAUUUGACUCCUUGCUAGUAUGUGAAGGGGAUUUCCAGUUUUCUCCUCAGUCUAUCUGUCCAGGCCUAGAGGUACCUUUUCAUCGAGUAGUAUUGAACUAGCACUGAGACAAUUGCGUUUUUAGGAUGGAUUUUGAUAGCAAAGCUGGUCCCUCAAAAAUAGUUAGAUAUGGCGAUUCGGACUACGAAGAAACUUUGCUGAAAUGGGCUGCUGAGGUGGAUGAGGAAAAUGAAAACGGCAGUGGUAUUGAUUCAGAUGCUGAAUUCAUUUACAGUGAUAAUGAGAGCGUCCGGAACUGAAGAAGAUGAAACAUCGAACCGCGUUUCUACAAGAA